GCCCCACUACCGUUUUUUCGUCUCGACCCUCGGAAAACUAUCUUAUAUAAACGCAACGGUUUCGCUUAUUGUAUAUUAUAAUACAUUACACUAUUGUUUUCCUCCGUAGUGACAGUUCUCGCGAAACAGGAAAAUGUCCGCAUCAAACAGUACCGGUUUUCUAUCGUUUUUCACGCAAAUCUGGUGUUGCUACCUCAUCAUACCGACAUGCUCUAAAACCGUCGAGGUGGGCACCACCGCGGAACACGUAUCGCCAGUUUUGGAACUCGGAGAAGGUCCGCACUGGGACCCGUUGACGCAAAGCUUAUAUUUCGUCGAUCUUCAUCGGGCCAGAGUCAACAGAUACCAUCCGGAAACGAAUGGUUAUUUUAUCGCCACGAUCGAUGACUACGAAGGUGACGUGAGUCUUAUCAUACCGGCAGAAGGAAAAAACAAUAAUUUUGUGGUCGGUUUGGGCCCUUCGAUAGGCAUCAUUGAGUGGGAUGGACGUUCGAACAAAACUAGCCGACCCAAGCACGUGAAGUUAGUCGACGAGACGCCGGGCAAUCGUCUGAACGACGGUAAAGCUGACGCUACCGGUCGGCUGUGGGUAGGGUCCAUGGGACCGGAGAUUAAAGAAAGCCCGGGUCAUUAUCACAAACGUCGGGGUAGUCUGUACUCAGUGGAACUGGACGGCACCGUCAUCAAACGUUUGUCGAAUGUCAGCAUAUCCAAUGGGAUGGCGUGGAGUUUGGAUAAGAAAAAGUUUUACUACGUGGACACCUACAAGUUUGCAGUCGAGGCGUACGAUUUUGACAUCGUUUCGGGAAAUCUCACUAACAACAGAGUGAUUUUCAAUAUGACUGCAAAAAAAGUCCCCGGCGAUCCGGACGGCAUGACCAUUGACACCGAUGGAAACCUUUGGGUAGCUUGUUUCAACAGUAAUUACAUUUUGAAAAUCGAUCCCAAAAUCGGCCGGCUAUUGGAAACUGUGCAAUUGCCUGCAUAUCAGGUCACUUCUGUCGCGUUCGGCGGGUUAAAAUUAAAUGAACUAUAUGCGACCACAGCCGGUUACCACCUGACCGAAGUGCAAAAAUCUAAACGACCAUACUCUGGGUCGGUUUUCCGAGUGACCAACACGGGAUCGAAAGGUUUCGCCGGCGUACCAGUCAAAACCAAAUCUUGGCAUAUAUAGUUAUGAGAAAUUAUGAAAAAAUAAAUGAAUUAAAAAACACCGCGCUGUACAUCACGGUGUCGCUAUAAUAUUGUUCGGCGUAAAUAUAAAAUAUUUAUCUUUAA